GCUAAUUUAAUACUUAGAAAUUUAUACGUCCAUUUUGACAACAAACUAUUUUAUUCCCAUCUGUAUCCCCCUGAUCAAUCCGUUCACUCCGGAAAACCUAACCCUGAUCUACAUUCAAAAUUCUUGUUGAUGCUUCAAUCAAUUGAACUAUUGGCCAAUUCACGAGAAUAACAAGGAAGAGAGGAGGCAAAGACACUGGGAACCAUAGUGACAGUUGGGGGAGCAGUGAUCAGGUCACUGGUGAAAGGAAAUCUCCUGGACUUGCCAUGGACUAGUGAAAGAAUUUGUAUUCAUAAUCAACAAUAAUUUGCUUGCUUGAAAUUCAAUGGGAAAUAUUACGCUGAGAUUGGAAGGGACUGGUAUAGUUGGACUAUGAUUGGUGAUGUCUCAACUACGGAAUUGACUUACAUUCGGAGAUUUGGAUGUGAAAAUCAAGAAAAACUUUGGCAUUGAAUUGUCGCACUAAAAGCUUUGAAAGGUUUGAAUAAGUUUGUGGAGUUUGGAUGGUGAUUUUGCAUGAUAAAGAUUUUAAGAUAUCUAAGAAUUCAAGGCGUCAUAUGGUAGUUAUAGUGGUCACUGUUGUAACAUUUUGCUUUCAGUGAAUGAUUAAUGGUAAGUUUUUGAUAUCCAGUUUAUCAAAGAAGAUGAGGAAAGACCACAUUUUCAAGAGCCCAAUUUGUGUUGUAUUUAUAACAAUUUCUAUUUCUUGCUUGUUUGUUGUAAUUGUAUCAAUGCUCAGGCUUCCUGAGAUAUCACUAGAAAGGCCUUACUCCAACCUGAUAAACAGAGAUGUUCUUAGAAAUGAAGAGUUAGGGAAGUUUGCAGAAAUGAUGAUUGAUAUGCUGCCCGAAGAUCUUGCCUUUACCAUCUUUGUACCUUCAGAGAAAGCUUUCGAACGUGAUUUGAGGAUACAAGUAAAUCGUGAUCUGGAAGGUGACAAGAUGAACGAUACAUACGCAAUACUUUCUCGAAUAUUGGGUUUCUCGGCUGUUCCUAGGACUCUUACUACACUUUCAGUAGCUUCUGGUGAAGAGAUCUCAUAUGAUUCAUUAUCUGGAUUUACAUUAUACAUUUCAAAGGUUUCAGAUGUAAUGCUUGUGGUUAACGGAGUCAAGUCAGAAAGGGUAAAUCUCAGGAAAGGGAAGAUGGUUGUACAUAUAAUGGAUGGGGUCAUUAUGGAUGCUGAGUUUGAACAAUCAGUUUUGCCUGGUAACAUUGAAGAUACAGAGUGAAUUAGGCCUCUAAAUGCCCUAUAAAUUUAAAACUUUGGAUGUCAGCUUUCAUAUAAUCAUUAAACUCAGAUUGACUCAUAUUCUUGAAAAAUUAUUGAAAUGUGACUUACAAAUUUUGGAA